GGAACCUUGCUUUCGGUAAAGCGUUUGGCUCUCCGAGAAAUUGCAAUCCUGUGCGCACCCUCCAAACUUCUCACUCAAGAUACAGUCAUGACUUCAUCCUUGUUCACGACCCUGACGGCUCCCAAUGGACGCUCGUUCGACCAGCCACUGGGACUCUUCAUCAACAACGAAUGGCGUGCAGCAAAAUCUGGUGAUUGUAUUACAGUCGUGAGCCCAAUAAAUGAGGAAGAGAUUGUCAAGGUACAUGCUGCUGGCGAACAGGACGUCGACGACGCGGUCAAGGCCGCUAGGGCAGCGUUCAAAGGCCCAUGGUCAAAGAUCGGCCCUACAGAGCGUGGCGAGCUCUUGAGGAAGUUGGCCGAUCUGGCUGAAGAGCAGACUGAGACGCUGGCUACCAUUGACACAUGGAACAAUGGGAAGCGUUUGUCGUCGGCCAAGGGCGACGUGGGCGAGCUGACCUCUGUGCUUCGUUUUUAUGCCGGAUUCGCUGAUAAGCUGUACGGCCAGGUAAUCAGCACCACAGAGAGCAAGUUUGCAUACACCAGUCGAGAACCUAUCGGCGUAUGUGGUCAGAUCAUCCCCUGGAACUACCCGUUGGGAAUGGCGGCCUGGAAGAUGGCCCCGGCUCUGGCAGCUGGCAACACCAUUGUUUUGAAGCCAGCAGAGCAGACCCCACUUUCUAUCUUGGUCUUUGCUACGCUUAUCGACAGGGCCGGCUUCCCUCCUGGAGUUAUCAACAUCGUGAACGGCUUCGGCCGUACUGCGGGCGCCAGCUUGGCUGGACAUGUCGGGGUGGACAAGGUAGCUUUCACGGGGUCUACAAACACUGGUCGAGAGAUCAUGAAGCUUGCAGCCACCAAUCUCAAGGAGAUCACCCUCGAGACAGGCGGCAAGUCUCCGCUCAUAGUCUUUGAGGAUGCCGAGCUAGACAAUGCUUCGAAAUGGGCCCAUUACGGCAUCAUGGCGAACCAGGGUCAGAUCUGCACUGCUACCAGCAGGAUUCUUGUCCACGAAAAGAUCUACACCAAGUUCGUCGACCUCUUUAUCGGCCGGGUCAAGCAGACCUCCAAGGUCGGCAACCCUUUCGAGGAGGGGACUUUUCAGGGCCCCCAGGCCAGCAAGGCCCAGUAUGAGAGAGUCUUAUCGUAUAUUGAAAAAGGUAAAGAAGAAGGCGCCACUCUUCGAUUCGGCGGCAAGCCUCACCAAGGCGUCGACGGAAAGGGCUUUUUCGUUGAGCCCACAGUCUUCACCGACGUGAAGGAUGACAUGAAGAUUUAUCGUGAGGAGGUCUUUGGUCCUUUGGUUGCCAUUAGCUCCUUCACGACAGAGGAGGAAGCCAUUGAGCGUGCCAACGACACAUUUUACGGGCUUGGAGCUGCCAUCUUUACCGAAAACAUCACCCGCGCACAUGAUGUUGCCAAGAAGAUUGAAGCCGGAAUGGUUUGGAUUAACAGCAGCAAUGACUCUGACUUCCGAAUCCCCUUUGGUGGUGUGAAGCAGAGCGGAAUUGGCAGGGAGUUGGGUGAAGCUGGAAUCACGGCCUACACUACCGUGAAAGCUGUUCACGUCAACCUCGGCAACCGGCUGUGA